AUGGGAGACGAAAAGCACUCAGGGCCCAUACCUUCGAAACAAGAUAUACUCAGCCAGUUUCCGGUGGAGAAGCAGCUACCGACAUUAUGUGAAGCAGAGGAAGAAGGUGAGCCAGAAUCUGACGGGCCAUGUUAUAGUGUGUUGUCUCAGAGAGAAAAGCUUUUGACUGUCUCGAUCGCUUCUCUGGCAACUUUCUUGUCUCCGCUCUCGGCCAGCAUCUACUAUCCGGGGAUUGAAGCAGUGGCGCGGGAUCUUCAUGUGUCAAACCACACCAUUAAUCUUACCGUCACCUCCUUCAAGGUAUUUCAAGGAAUCGCGCCGUUGGUAACAGGUAGCCUGUCAGAUCAGACAGGUCGUCGCGCUACCCUCAUGAUCAGUUUGAUUCUGUAUGUUGGGAUAAAUGUCGGUCUGGCCGUCCAAACAAGCUUUCUCGCACUCAUCGUACUUCGGUCUCUCCAGAGUAUUUUCAGCAGCACUGUGGCCAUUGUAGGCACUGCGACAACAGCUGAUGUGGUAUCUGGUGCGGAGCGCGGAAAAUAUAUGGCAUACACAGUGCUAGGAGCGACCGUUGGCCCUGCGCUUGGGCCAGUAACUGAAACCUGCCGUGCCGUCGUAGGGAACGGCAGCGUUGCCCCACAGAAAUGGAACUAUCCAUUGAAGGACGCCCUGUUUCCAGGUCGCCACUCGACACCUCCUCAAUACCAGACAAUAGCCACCUUCAAGCAGCGUCCGAGCCCUUGGAAUACUCUCAAACUGGUUUGGGACAAGGAAGCUGCGUGUACCAUCCUUUUCAGCGCCGUCAUAUAUGCGGGUUAUCUUUCCAUCACGACGACCCUUCCCUUCGAGCUGGGAAAGCACUAUGGUUUCAAUGCCCUGCAGAUCGGGUUGUGCUAUCUAUCAUACGGAGGCGGAAGCCUGACCUCGCGAUGGACAGCCGGAACCUUGAUGAACUGGAAUUUUCGACGUUUUGCCCAUCAUGUGGGACUUGAUAUCCAUGACAAGAAAGAACUCAAACUUACGAGUUUUCCCUUGGAGAAGGCCAGGCUUCAGGUCGCUCUCCCACUCGUAUACCUCGCUUCCGUGUUCAUUGUGGUGUAUGCCUGGGUUCUUAACUUUGAAGUUCACGUGGCUGUACUGCUUCUCAUGUUGUUCUUUGUGGCUCAUGCAUUAUCCGGGAUUACCAGUACAUUGACAACAUUGAUCAUCGACUGUCAUGCUGAACAGCCAGCUACCGCCACCGCUGCAACGAACUUUUUCCGAUGCUUGUUUGGAGCAGGCGCAACUGCUGCUGCCGUACCGCUUAUCGACCGAAUCAAUGUAGGUUGGACAGGGACACUGCUUGGCUUUUUGUGCGUCAGUUUGAGUCCGUUAGCAUGGAUGGUGUUCAUUUUUGGGCAUAGUUGGCGGCUUCAAAAGGAAGGCUUGCUUUCUCAAUAG